AUGAUGGGUGGGUAUGACGUAGAUGAAGGCGAUAUGCCAUGGGCUGUAUCUAUACAUGCAAUUUAUGGGGGAAUUGAUUUUGCUUUCUGUUCUGGGACUCUUAUUUCGAGACGUCAUGUAAUAACGGCAGCUCAUUGCUUUUCUAAAUAUGUAAAUGUGCCGGACGAUGUUGAAGAAUGCACGUAG